AGAUACGAAGCGUACUUGCUCUUUGUUCAGCGAGGAUUGUUGGGGCAAAAAUGACAGAGUUGCCCAUAAAAACGUUGUUUUAAUUAUAUGUAUAAUCUGAAAUCAGCGUGCAUCGGACAUGGGCAAGGGAACACCGCAAAUUCGAUUUAAUCUCGGCUGGUCAGUUAUAGUGCCUUUACAAUACAGAGGCAUUCAUAAAACCCGCACCAUGGAAAUAAACAGCCACGGAGCAUUGAUAGAAACUUAAAACUAAUAUCAAACAACGAAAAAUCCCGUGGAAUAGGACUGUGUCAAUGCUUCACUGGGAAAGUUUUGGAGGUUCGUGAUAACAGCGCCGCCAGGCAGGCAUGUGCAGAUAGGAUUUAUUAGAAAAUGAGGAUUGGACGUGAGCUACGUGCGCAUCCAGGGGUAGACGAGAUGACAUGGAGAGGCUGGAAAACACGGACCUUUUAAAAGCACAGGGAACCGAGAAUAUCUGUUCUGCGCCAGAGAGAGUCACGAACGGCUGUUGUGAGCCUCAUGCGGUGAGUAAAAUGGGUCUGAACGCGACCACGGCGGAGGAGCUGCUGGCAGGUCAGGCGUCCAGAUCGGAAUCCGGUAUUACGGUUCUGAAGAACGAGUCUAAAAGCGGGUUGCCGUUGUAUAAUGGGGAAGGACGGGUGUCUCCGGCAGCUACUACUGAAGGAAGUUAUCAUGAUGUUCCAGUGCAGAAGCACAGCGGGUAUUCACAUCUAAAUGGACUGGUGAAGGCCCCCGAUGGGGGUCCCACACACAUGGGACAUGCAGACAGGACUCUCUUGCCUGGGAAAAGACAUUGUGGAGAUGUUAGAUUCAGACACCUCCAGAAUCAGAGGAGAAGAGAUGAGGAAAACUCAGGGUUCGGGGCCCUUUUGUCCGGUCCUGGAACGGGGGCCGGAUCUAGUGGUACUUCGGAAACAUCCCAUGGACCGGACACUGCCUACCCUCCGCUCGAAUGCAAAAGGAGGAGGCUUGAAACGGACCCCAAAACAGACACUAGCAAAUGCACAAGGGCGAUUGCGCCCCUUGCAGCCAGUAACCAACACAAAAACUGCAGUGCUACGAGCCUCAUAUCCUCCCCUAGUUGGGUCCACCACAAUGGGCAUAAAGUUGCAAUGAACCAUGCACCAGGGCAGGCCAGUCAGGCUGAGGUGCAGUCCGUGACCACCAGUGCAGGUUGUUCCCCAGAGCACAUGGCUCAGAGGUAUAUAGUGCCCUGUAUGAAGUAUUAUGGCAUUUGUGUUAAAGAUGGCUUCCUGGGCUCUCGACGUGGGGAAAAGGUUCUGGAGGAAGUGGAGACUCUAAAUCACAGUGGGAAGUUUCGAGGCGGGCAGCUGGUGAGCCAAAAGAGCAUCCCUUCUAAGAAUAUCCGUGGAGACCAGAUAGCCUGGGUAGAAGGCAACGAGCCAGGCUGCGAAAAUAUCGGAGUCCUCAUGGCUCACAUUGAUGAGGCCAUAAUGCGCAGUGCAGCCAAUGGACAGCUGGGUGACUAUGUCAUCAACGGCCGCACCAAGGCCAUGGUGGCGUGUUACCCUGGUAAUGGGACAGGAUACGUGAGACAUGUGGACAAUCCUAAUGGUGAUGGACGCUGCAUAACUUGCAUCUACUAUCUCAACAAAGACUGGGAUGUGAAGGUUCACGGAGGUUUAUUGCAGAUCUACCCUGAGGGUCGUAGUGUUGUUGCUAAUAUUGAGCCUUUCUUUGACCGUCUGCUCAUCUUUUGGUCAGACCGACGAAACCCACAUGAGGUGAAACCAGCUUUUGCUACACGCUACGCCAUCACAGUUUGGUACUUUGAUGCAAAAGAGCGAGCAGAAGCCAAGGAGAAGUAUAGACUGGCUACAGGACAGAAAGGAGUUCAAGUGCCUGUCACUCAGAGCAACGUGACCUGAAUCGCAGCCAGCUGAGGGAGCAUUCGAGUGCGUUUUUCCUAUUCUUGUGUAUGCCAACCCAUGCUGCUACGUGAUUGGCCGAUUCAAGAGGAGAUGCAGGAAGCACAUCAAACAUGCCUCUGUGGAAUCAAACACCCAAUUGGAAACAUCUCCUUUGAUUUGGUUGGUCCUCUGAGUGCACAAAAGACUGUUUUUGAAUGAAGACCACUAACAGAGGUGUCUGUCGAAUUUGGGAUGGUCAUGACUCUGAAAGGCUGGUGGGAAUUGCAGAUUUUUCUCACCCUGUGGAAAGUCAAGAGCAGAAAUGUCACAGUAUAAGAAUGGACCCAAGUUACUGUAUUGAGCAAUUGCUGUAUUUUCUGUAGUAAGAAUUAAAAUGUCCACCCUUGCUUUUCACAAAUGUACACCCCUGUGAGUAAGUGGGUUAGAUGAGAUUUGUCCUUUGGCCUUGUGGCCUUUGCGCUAACUCAGAUUGACAGGAAAUGAGGAGGUGAGACCGGCAAAUCAAACGUGACAUAUCCUGUUCAACCCAGUGAAUGAGUAGCCAAAUUAAAGGAAUAUUUCACACAAAAAUUAAAACUCUGUCAUAUACUCAUUUACUCACACACGUUGUGCCAAAUCUUUCUUUCUUCCGUGGAACACGAAAGGAGAUGUCCUCGGUCACCUUUCACUUUCAUUGCAUCUUUUUUUCCAUACAAAGAAAGUGAAUGGUGACUGAGGCUAACAUUCUGCCAAGCAUCUCCUUUUGUGUUCCACAAAAAGAAAGUCAUUCAGGGUUGGACCUGCAUGAGAAUGAGUAAAAGAUGAAAAAAUGUCAUUUUUGCGUGAGCUAUUGCUUUAACACUGAGUUUUGAAUAGGUCAUGAAUAACGGCCUAUUAAUAGUAACAUAAAAUAUGAAUAAUAACAUAAUAACAUAAAAUAACAAACAAUGACAUUGUACAGAACAUUUCAGAAGUGAUCAGAGUCCAUAAUGAUAACCUGUUUUUGGGCCUGAAAACUGGGAAACCUUUAGGGGUGAAUCCACGAAGAAUAGCUAUCUGCUUUGCUUAAGGAAUUAUGCGAAUCAGGUGAUGCCACAAACACGCCCACAAAGUUAAUGCGGAAAUCAGAUCGGUUCUGAGUGAUACAUUGUGGGAAUGCAGCAGACCACCGUGAUCUGGCACACACUGGGACAGUACAGCAUCACUCCACCACUGUGAUCCAGACAAUUGAAAAAGCUUUUAAAAUGCAGAAAGUAGGCUUGACUACAACGCACAUCUGGAUAUGCCAUCAUUUGAUCAUCAUUUGGUGAAUUACUGCUGCCAUGAUCGCUCCAAAAUGUGUACCAACUUCUCUUUAAAACAAAAUUACCAAAAAAACACGCCUGCUUUCUGUGGGCAGGUAUAACGUCACAUUAAGUGCGGUAAUAAAAUACGCUGAUGUUUGUGAAUGUGGCGCAAUCUCUAAAGAGCCUCAUUUGUAUAGAAAGGAGGUGUGUUUGCCCAGAAAGGAAAGACAAUUAUUUAAAUAUUCAUGGCACAUCACUGUAUUUGUUCAUUUAAAGCCUGGUUAAAGGGAUAGUUCACCCCAAAAUUAAUGUUAACAUAGAGAUUUGUAGCCUCAGUCACAUCUUAUUUUGUGUUCCACAGAAUAAAGGAAGUUGGAUGGGUUUAGAACAACAAAGGUGAGUCAGACUCAUCACACUGUGAAUUCGGCAACAAUAGGUUAAAAUUCAAACCACUGCCCCCAGUAGACGUAGGUGGUAAUGUUGUUGAGGUGAAAUGUCCACAGAGUGGCGCUAAAAGCGAUUUGUAUUUUUAGUUGUAAAUAAUGUAAUACAGUCAACAGUAAUGUAUGUUUUAUUAACUUUACCCCCUAACCCAAACCUCAACCCUAAACCUAAUGGUCAGUGGUAUAAAAAUGUUAUUCUUGAGCAAAAAUGCAACCUCCGAAUCGAGCUUGCCAUUGUUUAUGUGAAUGCAAUUACUUCCUGGUUUCCAUUUGACCAGAACCCGUGUCUCUGAGGUUGCUCACGCAACGUGCUAUCAGAAGUAAACAUAUUUAUAGCUAAUAAAAAACCCAUUGCCUCUCCUUAAUUUACCAUUUGCAAAAUGUGUGUUGUGCAACACAAAAAACAGGGUGAUUGUGACCGUUUUUAAUCUAUGUGUGUAUGUGAAAUAAUGAAAAACAAAAUUGUCUCUUUCUGGCUUAGUUCAGCAUGUAACAGUGUUUCUCUGUAUUAGAUAGUCUUCUAAUACUCACAGGCUAUAGUAUAGUGUAAUACUGCUGCAUGCUAGCUCAGCUUUAAAGAGUCAUUGCUUGUUUAAAGGGAAGCACUUAACUUAAAGGGAGUCACUUUUGAAAGAGAAGUGACAAUCUCCUCUUUGCCUCAGAGAGGCGCUAUACAACAAAAUGAUAAAUAUAGGGCUCUCCACAAAUUAUGGCCACAUUUCUUAGUAGGUGACCUGGACAGUACAACACCCUCAUUCUACCAGGUGUCCAUUUGUACACCUCCCUUGUGCCUACAACUCCCAGAGGGCAUUGCAGGUUCAACAGACAUUUUAAGAGGCUAAGUUUGGAAUGGAAAACUACCAUACUGCAUACUUCAUAGCCGUGCGUUUACUGGAAAAUAAUUGCACACCUUAGAACGUCCCUCAACCAAUCAGUAUCAAGCAUUCAACAGACCCGUAGUAUAAGCAAUGAUAAACUUUUCAAACAGGUAUGCUACAAUGAUAUCCCUCAUUACUUACAUAUUUAAUUCAGCGAGUGUCGUCUUGUUAUAAUCUCAGAUAUAAAAGUUAUUUAUGCAUUUUUUUUAAAUACAGUUUUGAAAAAAAAAAAAAUGCUUUAACUCUUGACAGUAUGAUCAAACUUGAAUCAGAAAGGAGAUGUAAAAAAUUGUGGCUGUUAUUACGGUUAAUUCUGCACACUGCAAAAUCAGGAGGUCAUCCAGGUAUUUCAUAUAAACAAAUAAUGUGCAUUCUACUAUAAACUGCAAAUAUAGUAAAAGUAUUAUGUUAGUAUGCUAUUUUGAACAUAGCCACAGUCUGAGAACUUUCAUAAUGGAAGAUAAGACUUAAUGCAAAGAAACAGCACAGAACAGGUGAUUAUGCUUUUAUCAAAAAUGAAAACAACUGGACAUCUUUUCUACAAGCAUACUAUGACAGAUGGAGAUUAUACUGUAGUUUUGACCUGUUCUGUGUAUGUGUGCCAUAGGUGGCCCGAGAAGUGAACAGUAAAGCACUUUAUCACACAAUGUGUGAUGUUUGAAUGAGAGUGAAUGGAACAAGAAGUUAUGGAAAGAAAACGCUUUGUGCCAUUUAACAGUAUAAUAACCUAAAUCAACAGAAAAAAAAAAAAAAAAUGUUUGCUUAACCUGAGUUUUGCAGUAUUUAAUUAAAAUGUGUCAGAUUUUGUA